AUGCUUCAUAGCAAUCCUCUUGGGUUGAGACAGCACACCCGCACUCAGUUGGAUUUUAUUGGUGCUCUAGCUUUCUUGCUGGCCAGUCACCUUUACUUCUUCACAUCGGCAUCUGAGCCAGCCCCAAAUGUCGUGCAACUACCACAGUGCGAUGUCUCACCUUCAGCUCCAGAACUUGACCCAGAUACUCGCGUCGAGGAUCAACUACAAUUUAACGACUUUUGGAACAUCGGCGAUGACUUUGGUUCACUCGACGAUGAUUUUGGAGCAGCUGGGGAGUCUUUGGAGGAGAAGUAUGAGGGUGCCGGGGCUUGUUAUUCGAAAAAUGGCUUGACCUUUUUGGAUGUAUUCAACGCCGAUGAGUAUGCGGAGUACAGGAAGGACAAUCUAUUAUACCCUUUUGCAUCCAAGGAGGAAUGGGAAGUCGCUGGCUAUCUCCUUCGCUCAUCCCUUAGUAUGGCAGCAAUUGAUGAAUUUUUGAAGCUUCGCAUGAUCCAAAAUUUACAACUAUCAUUCAGCAACGCUAGAGAGUUGCGUAGUUGUGCCGAGAUGCUCCCCAGCGGACCAAGCUGGAAAUGCCAGACUAUUCCCUCAAUUCAUCCUACAAAACUUCCUAUCUGCUUAUUCUGGAGAGAUCCCAUUGAAUGCUUGGAAAGCCUUUUUAGCAAUCCUCUGUUUCACGAUAAGCUCGAUUUCAUCCCUCGUCGCGUAUACAAAAUGGCAGCGCGGCUUCUGAGGGUAUAUUCUGAAUGGUUGACAGGUAAUUCUGCUUGGGACAUGCAGAGCCAAUAUCCUAGAGGUGCUACAAUCCUCGGUACUGUUUUAUCUUCCAAUAAAACAAAUAUCACUACCAUGACUGGUGCCAGGAUUGCCCAUCCACUUCUUCUCGGCCUCGCCAACAUAUGUAUGUGUACUCGUACGAAACUCUCAUCAAAAGCCUUCAUGCUCACGGCUCUCCUCCCCAUUCCAAAGUACCUACACCCCAACCAAUGGAUGCAUGGCAUGCUUGAAGACCGCCUGGUGCAUGAGUGCCUUUUGGUUGUCCUAAAGCCCUUGAUGAUAGCAGCAGAAGUUGGCAUCAUGAUGUCCGAUCUGGUGGGAAAUGUUCAACACUGUUUUACGCCUCUUGCAGUGUACAUCGUCGAUACCCCAGAGGCAGCUAUGCUUGCAUGCGUGCGUGGGAAGACAUCUCCUUUCACCAUGGCUUCGUAUCUGCAGUUUGGGGAUCAUUUCCGGCACCCCGCUCAUACAUGCGUGAUAACUCUUGCUCAGCUUGCCAGUAUCACAGUUGAUCCAAAUGAUCUCGAGGCGUAUUUUGAGGCAUGCGCUGAACAUCGGCUAAAUGGUGUUCAUGCACCUUUCUGGGAGGGCUUCCCCCACGCUGACCCCUCUAUCUUCCUGACGCCAGAACCACUACAUCACUGGCACAAGGAAUUUUAUGACCAUGACCUUCAGUGGUGUCUCAAGGUUGUUGGUGCCCAGGAGCUAGAUUUCAGGUUCUCCAUAUUACAGCCCAUCACAGGCUAUCGCCACUUCGCGGGUGGAAUUUCUAAACUCAAGCAGGUCACAGGCAGAGUUCACUGUGACAUUCAGCGCUACAUUGUUGGCCUGAUAUCUGGUGUAGCUCCUCGUUGCUUCGUGAUUGCAAUACAUGCCCUCAUGGAUGUCCGGUACUUGGCGCAGUGUCCUGCACCUGACGACGACUUACUGUCGUGUAUUGACCAAUCCCUUUUGACUUUUCAUGAAAAUAAGAAUAUUAUCAUGACGUUAGGUGCACGGAUGGGAGUGAAGAAGCCGAUUGACAAUUGGUUCAUCCCUAAGUUGGAACUCCUGCAGAGCAUCAUGUCCAGUACGCGCAAAGUUGGCGCCCUCAUCCAGUGGUCCGCGGAUGCAACUGAACACGCCCAUAUAUGUCGCCAUCUGGAUCGCAAGGAGAAACUGCGACAUUUCGCGAUUGCUACAACACUCAAGAGCCAUGAUCUUGAUUGCAGUCCUGUAGACGUUGCCGAGGAGAAUGAAGGGGAAGAAGACAAUAUUGAUUACGAUGAACAGGAGCCAUCUGAUCCCCGGACCGCCCUCCUCAAGGAGAUGAAUCAUACGCGCAUUACCACGAAUUAUUUCAGCAAAGCCAAGCGAUUUGCUACCCUCAGCCGCAGAGAACUUGCUUACCCUCCUCGAACGUUUAUAGGUGGUACCAUUGCUAUCCAUCUCAACUAUGAUCCGUCUCGUGGCGGAGUCAAAGUUGAGGACAUUUCUGUUGACUACAAUAUACCGGAUCUGCACAUUGCACUUUCAGAUUUCUUGCAGCGUGACGCGAGAGGCAGAGGAGUAGUUCAUGAGGUCGCUUCAAGAAGAAGACCGUUGAUCGAUUGUGCUCCAAUCCUUCCAUUUGAUCGUGUUCAAGUCUGGCAUUCGGUUCGUCUACAACAAACAUCCUUCCACGAUUCUAGUAUCAUAUUACCAGCCCAGACUAUACAUGCCUCUCCUUCGGGCCCUGGAUGGCCCAAAGGCCGAUGA